GAGAAUGGCCGGCGAAGGAGAGUGGCCAGCAAUAGGGAUUGAUUUGGGGACGACGUACUCGUGCGUGGCAGUUUGGCAGCAUGAUCGAGUAGAGAUCAUAGUCAACGAUCAGGGCAACAGGACGACGCCGUCUUAUGUUGCCUUCACCGACAAAGAGUGCUUAGUCGGUGACGCGGCACAGAAUCAGGUCGCCAGGAACCCCGCUAACUCUGUCUUUGAUGCAAAGUGGUUGAUUGGUAGGAGAUUUAGUGAUUCCUUAGUUCAAAAUGAUAUCAAGUUUUGGCCAUUCAAGAUCAUUGAAGGUCAUGCCGACAAGCCUAUGAUUGUGGUCACUUAUAAGGGUGAAAAGAAACAUUUUGCUGCAGAAGAAAUCUCAUCUAUGGUCCUCAAAAAGAUGCGUGAGAUUGCGGAGGCCUACCUUGGCACAACUGUGAAGCAUGCUGUAGUCACUGUCCCAGCCUACUUCAAUGAUUUACAGCGUAAGGCCACAAAAGAUGCUGGAGGCAUUGCAGGACUCAAUGUUAUGCGGAUAAUCAAUGAACCAACGGCCGCAGCCAUUGGUUACGGUCUUGACAAGGUGAGCAUUGGUAAGAGAAAUGUGUUGAUCUUUGAUUUGGGUGGUGGUACUACAGAUGUAUCACUACUUACCAUUGACGAUGGUAUUUUUGAAGUAAAGGCUGUUGCUGGAGAUACUCACCUCGGAGGUGAGGACUUUGACAAUAGAAUGUUAAAGUACUUUGUUGAAAUAUUUAAGAGGCAACACAAUGAGGACAUUAGUGUAAAUGCUAGAGCUUUGAGGAGGUUGAGGACAGCUUGUGAAAGAGCAAAGAGGAUUCUUUCUUCUGCAACUGAGACUAUGAUUGAAGUUGAUUCUUUGUAUAAUGGCAUUGAUUUCUACUCAAGUAUUACCCGUGCCAAAUUUGCGGAACUCAGUAUGGACUUGUUGAAGAAGUCUAUUGAGCUUGUGGAGAAGUGUUUGAGUGAUGCUAAGAUGGACAAGACAAGAGUAGAUGAUGUCGUUCUUACAGGUGGUUCUUCUAGAAUUCCCAAGGUGCAACAGCUAUUGCAGGACUUGUUUGAUGGAAAGCAGCUUAACAAGAGUAUUAACCCAGAUGAAGCUGUGGCUUAUGGAGCAGCUAUUCAAGCUGCAAACAUGGUUGGUAUGGGUAAUGAAAAAGUUCAACACAUUGUGCUCUUGGAUGUCACCCCACUGUCACUUGGGGUGUUGAGUGGUAUAGGGGACAUGUCCGUUGUGAUUCCGAGGAAUACUGCCAUUCCCACCAAGAUGGAGGGGAACUACACCACUUUCAGUGACAACCAAACUGUUGUUUUGUUCUCGGUUUAUGAGGGUGAGAGAGCAAGAGUUGUAGAUAACAACUGGUUGGGAGAAUUUAGGCUUUCCCCCAUUCCUGCAGCGCCCAAGGGUGUCGCUAAGUUGAAAGUAUGCUUUGAGAUUGAUGCCAAUGGUAUCUUGAAUGUUUCUGCCGUGGAUAAGACUACUGGUGUAAGGAACAGAAUUACCGUCACUAAUUACAAGGCAAGACGGUCUAAAGAAGAGAUUAAUAGGAUGGUCCAGGAUGCAAAUAAAUACAACAUUGAAGAUGAUAUGUACAAGAGGACGGUUAAGGCUAAGGAAGUUUUGGAAAAAAUGGCCAAGGAUUUAAAGGAGAUUCAAAAUGAGCUUGACGCUGCUCGUAAGAAGAAGAUUAAACUGGCGGUAUAA